AUGCUUUCCCGGGCCGCCGAGAAGGUCGGGCUUGCGUGGAAUCCUCCACCACGUCCCGAACCUUCUCGGCUGGACGAUUGGUUUCUCGGGGCGGGCCGUGCUGGUUCUCAGUGCGCCGCCCCGGUACCUUUCUUUCCGGAGGUGCAUGAGGAGCUUUCUAAGACGUGGAAGGCACCGUAUAGUGCCCGAAGCCGUCCUAGUGGCUCCUCUCCCCUCGCCACCCUCGACGGCGGGGCAGCUAAGGGGUAUGUGGGGAUCCCCCCAGUGGAGCGGGCUGUCGCGAUGCAGUUGUGUCCGGCGUCCGCCUCCUCCUGGCGGGGUGACCCACGCCUCCCGUCCAAGGCCUGUAAGUUCUCGUCCGGUCUAACGGCGAGGGCUUACAAGGCCUGUGGACAGGCUGCUUCCGCUCUUCAUGCCAUGGCGCUCUUGCAGGUCCACCAGGCCCAGGCGCUCAUGGACAUGAACGAGGGUGGUUCUGACCCAGAGCUCUUCCGGGAGCUCCGUGUGGCAACCGACCUCGCCCUCCGGGCGACGAAGGAAACCGCACGUUCAGUCGGUCAGGCGAUGUCCACCUUGGUGGUCCAGGAGCGCCACCUUUGGCUCAACCUGGCGGACAUGAGGGACACCGAUAAGUACCGGUUCCUGGAUGCCCCUCUCUCCCAGCGGGCAGCAGUGGCUGUGUCCUGGACGCACUAUCGCCUCCGCACACUCACUCUGCCCUCCGACGGAAGCAGAUUGUCUGGUUGUAUGGUGACAGAGAGAGGCUGUUGUUUUCUGGCUUCAGCUCUGAGUUCAAACCCCUCACACCUGAGAGAGCUGGAUCUGAGCUACAAUCACCCAGGACAAUCAUUAGUCAAUCUGCUCUCUGAUCCAAACUACAGACUGGACAAACUCAAUCUGGAUCAUGGCGGAAAGUUCAGAACUACAAAAGGACUAAAGAAAUAUGCAUGUGAUCUCACCCUGGAUUUAAACACGGCAAACACUCGUCUCGCUCUGUCUGAGAGGAACAGUAAAAUGACACGUGUGGAAGAGGAGCAGCCGUUUCCUGAUCGUCCAGAGAGAUUUGAUGAAUGGCCUCAGGUUCUGUGUAGAGAGAGUCUGACUGGACGCUGUUACUGGGAGACUGAAUGGAGCAAGUGGGCUGAUAUAUCAGUGACGUAUAAAGGAAUCUGCAGGAGAGGACACAGUGAUGACUGUGGGUUUGGACUCAAUGAAAAGUCCUGGAGUCUGAACUGUUUUAUUAACAGUUUCACUGUCAGACACAAUAAUGAGAGUAUAUCUGCCCAUUCACAUCCCUCUAACAGAGUAGGAGUGUAUCUGGACUGGCCGGCCGGCACUCUGUCCUUCUACAGCGUCUCUAAAACACACACACUCACACACUUACACACAUUCAACAGCACAUUCACCGAACCUCUCUAUGCUGGAUUUGGGGUUCAUUUAGGUGGUUCAGUGUCUCUGUGUGAGAUUAAACCGCUUCCUGUGAGAAACAACUGAGACACAGUUGAGUGAAAGAAACUCACAUUAUCUCUCUCUUUAACUCACACAGCUGUAAACUCUUUCUCUCUUCAAAUCUUAAUUUCAGUGUGUAUAUUGAAACUCACACACAUUGACUUCGGUCUAAACGAGACACACCACA